AUGUAUCACAUAUUUUCGUGGUUGGUUUUUAUUUUAAAUAUUCUUAAUGUAUUAUCACAAUCAAAUAUAAUAAUCACAACAACAACAACAACACCUUUAUCUCCUUUACAAUCUUCAAAUGAUAAACCUUUCAUAACACAAUUCCUUGUUUUUUCAUCUAAUACAGAAACAUCUAUUAGAUUUGAACCAAAACAUGGAUGGCUUCUUAAUUCAGAGAAGAAAUUGCGUCUUUAUAUAAGUGGUUUUAAUCUUCAGAAUAAUUCAAUUGUAUUUUCAGCUUUACAAGAUGAAUGUACAUCGAAUGAUUUUAUAUCACCUAUAUAUAAUUUAUCAUCAGCAUCAAUUAUUGAACUCGAUGUUCAUCUUGAAAGUGUAUCAAAAAUUCAUUCAUCUAUAUUUCUUUGUCUUUUACCAUCAAUAACAACACAAUUAAACAAUAGUUUAUUACAAAAUGGAACACAAUUAAAAGGACCAUAUUUUACAUUCCUACGCGAGAAAACUACAAUACCACUUGCAGUAAAAAUAUGUUUAGUUCUUAUGUUAUUUGUUUUUUCGGGUUUUUUUAGUGGUUUAAAUUUGGGUUUAAUGUCAUUGAGUGUCAAUGAUUUACGUUUACUUGCCGAAUCCGAUGAUUCUUCAAUGCGUUAUUAUGCUAAACGUGUUUUACCAUUAAGAAAACGUGGCAACUUCUUAUUAUGUUCAAUUGUUUUAGCCAAUGUAUUAAGUAAUUCAUUAGGAACAGUUUUACUUGAUUCACUUGUUCAUGGUUUAUUUGCUGUUAUUGGUUCAACAGGAAUGAUUGUACUUAUGGGUGAAAUUAUUCCACAAGCUAUAUGUUCUCGUUAUGGAUUAGUUAUUGGUGCACAUACACAUCUUAUAACAUGGGGUUCUAUGAUAAUAACAGGAAUUAUUUCAUAUCCAUUAGGUUUUAUUCUUAAUAAAAUUCUUGGUCAAGAAGUAACAGCUUCUUAUACACGUGAUCAAAUAGCUCGAAUGCUUACAAAAAUUAAUGCUGAUAUUGAAAAACCUGAACUUGAUGUUAUUACAGGUGUACUUUCAUUACGUAAGAAAGCUGCAAGUGAUGCCAUGACCUUGUUAUCUGAUGUUUAUAUGCUUGAUAAAGAUCGUAAAACAGAUGCUGAAUUAUUACUUGAUGUACAUAAACAUGGUUUUUCACGUAUUCCUGUUUAUUCGAAAGAAAGAUCAAAUGUUAUUGGUAUUGUUAAAUUAAGAGAUUUUGCUUUAAUUACACCAGAACAAUACCAUUUAACCGUAAAACAUGUUCUUGAAUUUCAUAGUCAUGUAUAUGGCCACGCAAAAGCAACUGAUUCGUUAUAUAAUUUAAUGCAAGAAUUUCUUAAAGCACAUUGGCAUAUUGCUCUUGUACAAGAAGUUCGUACUGAAGAAAAUCAAGAUGAAAUAGUAUAUGUAACAGUUGGUAUAAUUACACUUGAAGAUGUUUUUGAAGAAAUUUUACAAAGAGAAAUUAUAGAAGAAACUGAUAUGUUUACUGAUAAUCGUCGUAAAAUUCCACGUAAACGUGCUAAGACAUUGGAUUUUACAGCAUUGACUAAACGACCAGUUAAAGGUCCUUCAAUAUCUCCACAAUUAAAAAUAGCUGUAUUUCAAUUUGUAAGCACAAAUGUGCAGCAAUUUGCAUCAGGUUUCAUUUCUCAAGAGAUAUUAAAAAUUCUUCUUAAUUAUAAUAUUUAUGCAAUAAUCAAACAACAAGCAAGUCAAUCAACAAAUUCCAUAUAUUUAUAUAAAAAAGGCUUUCGAUAUGAAUUAUUUACAUUGAUUAUUCAAGGAAAUGCAACGUUAGAAUCUGGUGUUGAACAUAUAAUGUCCACUGUUGGCCCAUUUAGUGUUUUUGCGACAUCAGCACUUCUUGCGGAAGAUAAAACUGUAAAAGAUGUUCAUCGAUUUCUUGAUCUUAUUUCUACAGGAAAUAAAAAGUUGAAUAAUAUAACAAAUAUGCUUGAUGAAAUUUCUUCAAUAUUUGUUGCGGAUUAUAAUUUAAUUGUUAAUAGUGAAUUACAUAUUUUACAAAUUCAUCGUCUUGUUUGGUUAGCAGCUGUUCGAGCAACACAACGACAACGUAGUAGUGAUCAACGUCAAAAAUGUAUGCAACCAGAACAAUUAUUAUCAAAUGCACUUGAUGAAAUAUCAUCUGUGACAAAUGUCCGAAUUGAUAAAAAUAAUUUAACUAAUUUUCAACGCAUAUUUCUUAAUGAACAAGAUAUUAUACAUCAUGUAACACAAACAAAAAAUGGAAAUACAGAUAUUAAUAAUCAACCAUCAUCAUUAGUUUUUGAACAUAUUCAUUCCAUAGAUGCAGAUAAACAUGAUAAUUCAAAUAAACAACAAGAAAUAAAUAGUCAUGGAAAUGAUUCAUCAGAAAAACACGAGCAAUCAUCGAUCGCUAUGGCUUGUAAUCCACUUCUUGUGAGUCUACUUAGUGAUCAAUCAAAUAAUGAAAAACAUUCCAGUAAACAAAAUUGUAACAGUUCAAAUACUUCAUUAAGUUCAAAUGAUAUUUCCAAUUCAAUGAUGAAUAUUAAUCAAAUGUUUGAUGAUACAAAUGAUAAUACGAUUGAUGAUGAUCAUGGCCAAGAACAAGAACAUUUAAUUGAUCAAGGUGAUUAUAAACGCAAUCUAUGGCAACGACAAACAACAUCUCCAUCUACUUUAUUUCAUUCUCGUUCGGAUACAAAUAUAAUAAUGAAUUCUCCAUCAUCUGAUCAAAAUGAAAUAACAAAUAAUAAUAAUAAUAAUAAUCCCAUAGAUGGGUCUAAACGUGUUCGUUCAAUGUUUAAUACAACAAAAUGUUCACCUUCAUAA